AUGGUAAGUUGAUCAUGCUAUUUUGCUUAUUUUUUAGAGUAACGAUCCACAAGAAACCAGAGACAUCGCUGCCCUCAACGAUCCCAGUCCUGCGGACUCGGAUGGAAAUAUUAAUCUGAAUACACCAACUGAAGAACCGCAAGACCUGCCACACCCCUCAUCUUCGGCGUCGUCCGAACCUCCAAACGAAGAGCCUAAAGAAUUAACGGAAGAAGAGAGAGCCAAGAUGAUGCAGGAGAUGAUGGGAGGUCUCAAGAAUCUGGGAAACAUGUUUCUAAAACCUUUUGGGCUCUCCACCGACAACUUUGAGAUGGUCCCUCAGCCGGGUGGAGGUUACAGCGUUCAGAUGAAAAAAUAA